AGCUGGAAGUGUGGCUGGAAGCAGGGAAGGAUGUGGGCUGGGUCUCAGUAGUUUGAAACCGUGUAAUAGGCGAACUCAAGAAAGCGUUCGGCACAGGAUCUAGGAGGAGGCUCAGAAUCCAUUGUUUCUCUCCAGCUCGUCCAGCUCACACAAAUUCAAGAUUAAGAAGAGCUUUCCCUCUGUCCAACAUGCCUGCAGGAAAGGGCCAUAUAAAGAAGCAGACGUUCACGCAAGUGCUGCCCAAGGCAGGCAUGCUCUACACUGAGGAGAGUCAGAGCAUGGUGCUCUGUAAGCCUAAGAUCAUGCCCCUCAAGUCAGUCACUCUGGAGAAGCUAGAGAAAAUGCAGAAAGAUGCACAAGAGGUGAUGAAGCUACAGGAAAACGCUACUCCAGAGAUGAGUGAUGAACAAUGACCAUUCUAGCUAGGUCUUUAGCUUUGUGCAACAUUUAUAUCACUUUAUCUACAUUUAAUACUGUCUCCAGUACAAAAACAAAAUUGAUCAUAUAAUUAUAUAUAUUUUUUUACUGUAACAAGUUUAUGCACAUAAUAUAAUAGGGCAAAGGUACACAGAAAAUAAUCUGUAACCUUAGUCUAUAUAAUUAUACAAACGACAAG